AGAGUCACGAGCAAGGCACUCAAGCUUGUAAGCAGAGGCUCUUGGGCCCUACAGAUUCUCGUGUCGGUGGACGCAACUCCGCCUGCCCGCCCAGACGGGACAGCUUCUUCUCAAGCAAACCCUGUCCGUUGGUUGCGUUCCCUCUAUUCUGCCGCAGCAAGUCAUGGCAGCAGCUCGUGCGGGUGAACAGCCCUUCCAAGAGGGACAGGCCUUCCUGGAUGGCCAGUUCGACAUCGUUGACUGGUACCCGUACUUCCAGUCCUGCGUGCGGUACUUUCUCAAGCACGCGCAGUACAACGGCCCCGUGCAAUUCCUCGCCGCCUUCAUCAACAUCCAGCUGCCCUUCCAGAAAGCCCAGGCCGAAUUCCUCCUCUCGCACACCCCGAGUCCCGCAGCCGUCGCAGCCGCGGCGGCAGCAGGCCUCGCGCCUCCACCAGCAGCACCGCCACCUCCUCCAGCAGCGCUAGGCGACGGCGGCGUCGGCGUUCCCCUCACGUACAGCACGGCAACAACGACGACGCUGCAGCCGUACAUCCGGCGGCUGGUGGCGACGGGCUUCGACUUCCCCGGCGUGCUGCACAGCUUCUUCGGCGACGACUGGGAGCGGGGCGUGCGCCCGCUGUGCGAGCUGGAGCGCCGCAACUACAUGUUCGCGGCCAAGAGCGGCUCCUGGCUCGAGGUCAAGCGCGCCUACGACGGUGCGGGCGCCGACGAGGCCGUGCCGUUCCUCCGGCCGCUGCGCAACGUCUCCGAGGCCGAGAUCGUCGCCGCCGAGGCGGCGUGGAGUGAGUGGCUUGCUAUGCAGGACUGGUAGGUUAUUUUGUUUUCUUCUCGUUCUUUGGUUGGUUGUCUGGUUGAAUACUCUUUGUUUUCCUGGAUGUCGAGAGGGGGGCUUGACGGUGUUGGGCCGCAAAAAAAGCGAUGUUGAGGUGAG